AUGGCAAGAAAAUUGAAAACUCAGGGACUCAGAGAGAAAAAACUAUUUGGACUAACAUGGCAAUUUGGAACAAACUUAGGGACCAAAAUGCAAAAAAAUAAGGACAAUCUACAUAUAUCACUUAAAGCCAUAAAAUUGGGCACACAAAACUUCAGUGAUUGCAACUGCAUUGGAGAAGGAAGAUUUUGGAAGCUUUAUGAAGGAGAAGUUGAUGAUGCUUAUGCAUGUACCCGUGUUGUUGUAAAGCGGUGGGAUGGAAAGUAUCGUCAAGGACAUAUUCAGUUUUUGAAGGAGUUUGAAACGCUUCUCAAAUAUAAACAUGAGAACAUCAUUGGUCUUGUAGGCUACUGUAACGAAAUGAAUGAAAAAAUCAUCGUUUACGAGCAUGCCUGUAAUGGAAGUCUCAAUAAACAUCUGGACAAUCCUAGUCUUACGUGGAUGAAACGCCUCAAGAUAUGCAUUGAUGCUGCAACUGGCUUGAAAUUUCUUCAUGAAGGUGGUGUAGAGCAAGAGGCUUGGAUGCGGCAUAGGGACAUUAGAAGUGGUAGCAUUCUACUUGAUGCUGAUUGGAAUGCUGAAAUUUCUAAUUUGGAGUUCUCCACCAAAGUUGCUGAAAGAGCUGAACAUUUGGAUGAUAAUGCUUUCUUCUCGUUGGGAUACAUUGACCCUUGCUACGAAACAAAUGGUUUCUUAUCAAAAUGCUCGGAUAUAUACUCGUUAGGUGUGAUUUUAUUUGAGAUGUUGUGCGGGAAAUUGGCCUGGACAGAGGGAUGUGAGAAUCACUCUCAAUCGUUAGGUCCUUCGGCUGUAAGAUACUACAAUGAAGAAGGAAACCUUGACAAGAUGAUAUUUGAGGGCAUAAAGGAACAAAUUACCCCACAAUCAUUGACUACAUUUCAAAUGAUUGCCAUUCAAUGCCUACAGGUUGACUGGUUUAAGCGGCCAGCUAUAGACCAAAUAAUAAUACAACUUCAAAAGGCAUUGGAAUUUCAGGUGAGCGUGCUGAAUGAAAACCAAUAA